GGUCUCAAGAGGAAACGCGAGGAGGUGCCUGGAAGAAUGAUUUAGAGGUUUUAGGAGCCAGUGCCUUCCACGGAGCGGCUGAAAAGACCCUCCGACGCCGACGUUGUUCUUGGACCGCUGCCUGCGUUGUGGUUCCCCGGCUGCAAAUAUGUCAGGCCAAAAAAAGUGUCCAGACUGUGGCUCCCUGGAAAUUGUAGAGGAUUCUCACUAUGCUCAGAACCAGCUAGUAUGUGCGGAUUGUGGGUUUAUUCUAACCGAAGGACUUCUCACCACCACGUUUGCCGAUGAAGAGCAUUUACAAGAAGUGACAUAUCUACGAAGUACUGGUGAGAACGAGCAGCUGAGCCGCUCUCUGCAGCGAGGGAUCAGACGUGUCCGGGAUCUCUGCAGAGUUCUCCGUCUUCCUUCUCUGUUUGAAGACACAGCUGUGAGUUAUUACCAAAAGGCAGUCAAGCACCCCUACUUUCGCAGGGUCAGCUUGGAGAAGAAGGAGAUGAUUGUGGGCUGUUGUGUCUUUGUCACCUGCCGACAACACAAUUGGCCCCUGACUAUGGGCACUGUCUGUUUGCUGCUCUAUACAAACAAAGAGGCGUUUACCGCAACCUACCUGCGGUUUUUGAAGGAAAUGUCAUUGGAUGUUCCUUCCCUGAGUUUGAUAGAUCUGUUGAAAACACACCUCAGCAGUUUUAAGCUUUUCAAGGAGUCAUCUGGAAUCCCACCCAAAUUUGUUGAACACAAGGAGAAGUUGAUGGACAGAACUAUUCAGAUGGUGGAGCUUGCCAGUGAGACUUGGUUGGUGACUGGCCGACAUCCCAUCCCCAUUGUGAUGGCAGCAGCCUUCCUGGCAUGGCAGUCUCUGAGGCCUAUUGAUCGCCUCACUUGCGCCUUUUCUAAGUUCUGUGAACUUGCUGGUACAGACACACCAGCACCAGCUCACAAGAGGCUGAAAGAGCUGCAGAACAUCCUCCUUCAGAUGGCUUCUCAAUUGGGCUGGCUGCGAGUGCUCAAGUUGAACCGGAGGACUGUGGUAAAGUAUAUUGGCGACCUACUGCAGCAUCGUUGUGUGCUUUUGCAGACUGCCUUUUCCAAAAUGGAUAGCACUGAAGGUUGCAAUCUGGAAAGCUUGACACCAGAAACACCACAGCAGCUUACAGAAGAACACCCUGCAAUGACUGAAAUGGCUUCUCUUGUAGGAAAGAAGCAGAAACAUAGCAGCAAGCGAGCACUUUUUCUCCCACCCUGCAUGCUGCAUCCCUCAAAAAGAUCGAGGACUCUUGAUCCAAGCCCAGAGGACUCUGCUAUCACUGGGGAUGAGCCCAUUUUAGAUAGUGAGAUAGAACAGUACAUUCGGACCCCAGAAGAAAAGGAGAUAUUUAGGGAGACUCAGGCACGCUUAUAAUCCGGUAGCCACAAGUGAUUACAAGAACUAUUCUAGUAGCACAUGUUGGUGGGUCCCAUAGCUAUUUUCCUUCCUGAUGUUAAUGGGUCCUCUCUUAUUGUUCAAAAAACACUGUUCUCUUUCACCCAUCUCAGAAAGGGUGUAUAUGAAACAAAGUAGCAGCUUCAGGUUAGAACAUUUAAUUAUAAAAUCCCUUGGUGUGCGUUCUAUAUGAUCUAUAGAGUUGGCCCUCUGUAUCCAUGGAUUCCUCAUUCACAGACUGAACUAUCCAUGGCUUGACCCCCUCCCUCUGUGUGUGUGUGUGUAUUCAUUCCAAAAAAACAAACCUUGAUUUUGCCUUUUUA